GUUCAUACAUGCUCCACGCCAGCAGACCUUCCAGAAUACAGCCCGGAAUCAUUCAUUCAUCAUGACGACACGUACCGAAAAGUUUCAGCGCAAACCUCGCGACGCCGAUGCCGAACCAUCAGAAGCUGAAGAAAUCCUAAGAUUCUCUCCCGAAGAAGAAGCUUCUCUCCUCGCCGAAUCCAACACACUAAAGGCCUCUGCCAAUACUCUAUUCUCCCAGAAAGCAUACAAAGAAGCUAUCGAUACAUACGAAAGCGCAUUAUCGACGUGUCCGAAAUAUUUAGAAUAUGAGAGAGCGGUAUUGAAGAGUAAUGUGGCGGCUUGCCAUUUGAAAUUAGAGGCGUGGAAGGAAGCUGCCAAAGCAAGUUCAGAAGCUUUAGAUGGGCUAGAGAAGUUGCAGAAAGACGAGGCGCCGGACAAGAAGAAAGAUGAGAAUAGGGAAACAGAAAAGGAGGAGGUGAAAGAAGAGGAAGAAGCGGACGAGGAAAUCAUCAGUGAGGGAGCUACAAAAGCGGAGGAUACUAGAGGAAAGAAUAUUGAUGACGCGAAAGAGAGUCGAGCAAAUGACAUUGAGAGAAUAAGAGCCAAAGCUUUGAUGAGAAGAGCGAGGGCUAGGAGUGAACAGGACGGAUGGUCUACUUUAGCUGGUGCUGUGGAAGAUUACAAACUCCUUUCAACCUUUACCAACCUCUCCGCCAUUGAUCGCAAAACAGUUGAAACACAACUUCGCGUCCUACCACCAAAAAGUAAAGCAGCUCAAGAUAGAGAAAUGGGCGAGAUGAUGGGAAAAUUAAAACAGUUCGGGAAUGGCAUAUUAAACCCAUUUGGAUUAUCUACAGACAAUUUUCAGAUGGUUAAAGAUGAGAAGACUGGUGGGUAUAGUAUGAAUUUUAACCAAGGAGGGAAUUCAUAACUACAACUUUGUGGUUCCAAGAUAGGAUUAGAGGUCACACCAUAGUUAUAUGUCUACCCCGAGAGUAAGUAUGCCUGGGUAACUAUAUUCGAGACUUACAUCCUAUAUCCUUACAUUUUGAAGCAGCUGGCAUGUACGAGGAAAAUGAAUUCUGAUAAUGGCCUCAUCACACCGCAUCUUCGCCUAACACAACAAAUCCUCUCGGGCGUGCUUCGUGUGCCCAUUCGAUAACAAGAAUAUUAAUCGGAUUCACA